AGGCGGGGCACCGGGACGGUUGUGAGUUGACGUCGUACGCUCCUUCUCUCGUACCCAGGGUGCAGUGCGGCACGGAGGAGGGCAUUUUGUGGUGAGGGAGUGAGAGCGGAGGGGUUAGCAGGAAGAAGAGAACACAAGAUGGCGGCCUAAGGAAGGAGCGGAGGGGCUGCGGCUGUGACACAGGGAGGGAACACCAUACACAACCCGGCGUUACUGAGUCCGGGAGGCUCCUCAGAGCCGUACAUCGCGCGGACGGAAGGAAAAGCAGCCACCGUGAGGGGAGCGGGGACACCGCCAACUGAAGACAAACAACGAACCCUCCCUCCUCUCCGGGAAGCGCCAUCGGCCCCUUUCGUGCCAUUCCAGCACGGCUACGACUAGACUCAUUGUCUCCUGUAACUCUUACGGAUCAUGGCGAGCAGCAGCGGCUCUAAAGCCGAGUUUAUUGUCGGUGGGAAAUACAAGCUGGUGCGGAAGAUCGGAUCUGGCUCGUUUGGAGAUAUUUACCUGGCGAUCAACAUCACUAACGGCGAGGAAGUUGCUGUAAAACUUGAGUCACAGAAAGCCCGUCACCCACAGUUGUUGUAUGAAAGUAAACUAUAUAAGAUUUUGCAAGGAGGCGUUGGCAUCCCACACAUCCGGUGGUAUGGACAAGAAAAAGAUUACAACGUUCUAGUCAUGGAUCUGCUUGGGCCAAGUCUUGAAGAUCUCUUCAACUUUUGUUCGCGCAGGUUCACAAUGAAAACUGUGCUUAUGUUAGCAGACCAGAUGAUCAGUAGAAUUGAAUAUGUACACACAAAGAAUUUUAUACACAGAGACAUUAAACCAGACAACUUUCUAAUGGGCAUCGGACGUCACUGUAAUAAGUGUUUCGAAUCUCCAGUGGGGAAGAGGAAAAGAAGCAUGACUGUUAGUACUUCUCAGGACCCAUCUUUCUCAGGAUUAAACCAGUUAUUCCUUAUAGACUUUGGUUUGGCCAAAAAGUACAGAGACAACAGAACAAGGCAACACAUACCAUACAGAGAAGACAAAAACUUGACUGGCACAGCUCGCUACGCUAGUAUCAAUGCCCACUUAGGAAUUGAGCAGAGUCGUCGUGAUGAUAUGGAGUCUCUAGGAUAUGUACUAAUGUAUUUCAACAGAACUAGCCUUCCUUGGCAAGGGCUGAAGGCAGCAACCAAGAAACAGAAGUAUGAAAAGAUCAGCGAAAAGAAGAUGUCCACUCCUGUUGAAGUUUUGUGCAAGGGAUUUCCUGCAGAAUUUGCCAUGUAUCUCAAUUACUGUCGUGGAUUGCGCUUUGAGGAGGCACCAGAUUAUAUGUAUCUGAGGCAGCUCUUCCGAAUUCUCUUCAGAACCUUGAACCAUCAGUACGACUACACAUUUGACUGGACAAUGCUCAAGCAGAAGGCAGCUCAGCAAGCAGCCUCCUCCAGUGGGCAGGGCCAGCAAGCCCAAACCCCCACAGGCAAGCAAAGUGACAAAUCCAAGAGUAACCUGAAAGGAUUUUGAAUUAAAAUAAAAGGAGCUGACAUCGCAGAUCCUGGCACGAGCUGGACCCAUCACUCCCUUAAAACCUAGAGAUUUUAGUUCAUAUGUACACUUGGCAGUUGUUGUGGGAGACCAUUUACUUGGUGUAAUACGGAACUUAAUUUCAGUCUAAACUGGCUACUAUCGGCGUCCGAUGUGCCGACCAGUAGCUGCUGUUAAUAAUUGUGAAUAUCACUAAAGAUAGUGAAACAUGGUGUCCAGUUUUUUUUAUCGCAAUUUUUUCCCUCAUGAAAAAAUGGGACAGGUGGUUCAAUUAUCUGGCGGCUGACAGUGGUAGAAGAAAUUGUGCGUAUGCCAAUUAUUUUUUUCCCCCCCUAUGGUUAACCUCUCGAACCUUAACACAGCUUACUUCUUUGACUGCAGAAGAGCAACGUGAAGUGGUUUCCUAAAGACAGUUGCGAAGACCCUUGUCUAAAAGAAACAGUUCUCCAUUGUUCCUAUAUAUACAAUUUUUUUUUUUUUUUUUUUUUUUUAAGUUGUACACUUAAACAUUCUUAGCCGUUGCACUGUUUGGUCUACCUGUUGUACACUGGUAUUCCUGCAGUGAGUGAGUAACUAGACAUUGAUUUUGUUUCCAAAUGUUUGUCACUUUGUAUGGUUGUUAUGGCGACCACAUGGCUCCAGGUUAUUAGGACCUAUUGGCACCGCAGAUUCUCUUUGUAGAGAAUGCUUUGGAUAUAGCAGAUUACAUUCACGGCGAGCUGCCAAUUGUUGAUAAUCUGAAACCAAUAAACGUCCCUAAUUUAACCAAAGAUUGCGAUUUUAAGCCGAUCAUAUGACUGAGCUUUCCUUGUUUUUAAAUAAAAGGAUGACUCCAUUGCAGACCUGAAAAAAACAUAGCAAUUCUAGUCUUUAUAAAAUGGGAAAAUUACUUGUACAAAGCAAGCUGCAACAUUUUUUUCUUUCUUUUUUUGUCACACAUCUAGUUAACAUCUUAAAACCUUAAAAGCUUGUUUAAGUGGCUUAGAAAAUGUAAUCACUGUAAACAUGAUCUGGGCUAUCUUUGUUUUUAUUUUGAACUAUUUUUGUUUGUUUACAAGUUCAUUAAAAACUAAAAAAACUAAAUGUUUCUGUACAUAAACCAGAUUUUAUUUUAAUUUUUUGGAACAUUCUCAGAUUCCAUUGGACUACAAAACAUGUAGGUUUCAUCACAUAACCUCUUGACAGUUAUUUGUUUUUGCUUUGUUUCAACGCCUUGAUUUCUAUGUUACAAACAAAUCAUUUUGUAAUGAAUUGAUCACGCUCGCACUGCUAAACAAUAUCUUCUGUGGUUUAGACCUAAAGUGCUACUCCAUUUAAGUGAGUGUUAAAGUUGGAACUAAAGGAAAAACUUUUUGUUUUACAUUUUUGAUAGAGUAAUGAAGGGUUAUAACCCGUCAGUUUAUUUUUUGCCAUCUGUGUACCAUUAGGGAGAUUUAUCUUCAAUUCCCUCCCCAUAGCCAAAACGAGAAGUUAAAGGAAAUUAUGCAAAUUUUAGGAAAUCUCUUGGAUCCCCAAAUCACCAGAGCUAGUGUCCCCAUUUGAACAUUUCCCCAAUAUGACUUUUUUGAGGACAACACAAUUUGGGAUUCUUUUACUUUUCACUUUAAUGCUUAAUGGUACACAGGACCAACAUGUAAAGGGAAUCUCCCUUGGCGCACACACCAAUUAAAACUGACUGGGGUUCUAAUCUAUCACCACUCUAUUCAAGCCUUGUUUUCUUCUGGGAUGCCAGCAGCAAGAUCCACCAUAAUAAAGCCUUUCCUUGCCAGAG